AUGUAUGCUGAUGACGUUGCUGCGAUUGUUACUGCUCCGAAUGGAGAUGGCGUUGAGAAGGCGUUGAACGAGGCAGCGGCGCAGCUUGCUUAUUGGUUCAGAACCAAUGGCUUAGCUCUCAACCUUAAGAAAACGCACUUCAUGCAAUUUAAUUUAUCUGGUCGCCAAGCAGCGCCGCUGGCUGUUGAAAUUGAUGGAACGCUGCUGGAACAAACCACUGCUACAGCUUUUCUGGGUUUUGAGAUAGACUCGGGCUUGAAUACAACCAGUUUUUCUCAAGACGACGACGCGGACUGGCCGAGAAGCAUUAUAUUCGAAGAGUACUUAAAUCAAAAUGGCACAAACACUACACUGGAAACGUUGUACGACGUGCCAACUGGCAUGAUCGUGCUCCUUUCGUUCCUGUACGGCUCGAUAUCGGUGCUCGCCGUCGUGGGAAACUUCCUCGUGAUGUGGGUGGUGGCCACGUCGAGACGGAUGCAGAGUGUCACCAACUGCUACAUAGCGAACUUGGCGCUGGCUGACAUCGUUAUUGGACUCUUUGCUGUACCGUUUCAGUUCCAAGCUGCGCUGUUGCAGCGAUGGCUGCUACCACACUUCAUGUGCCCGUUCUGCCCGUUCGUGCAAGCACUGAACGUCAACGUCAGCGUGUUCACGCUCACAGCCAUUGCCAUUGACCGGCAUCGUGCCAUCAUCACACCACUGAGCGCCCACACUUCCAAAAGGAUAGCGAAAGUUAUAAUAGUUUUCAUAUGGGUGUUGGCAUUCCUGCUAGCGGCUCCCAUGGCCAUGUCGUGGGAGGUGACCAUGGUACCAGAACUGGAUCCAGUUACCAAGCUGUUGUACAAGAAACCAUUUUGUGCUCCGAGUGAAUUUGGAUUACAUUCCUUGGCAAUUUAUCGACUAAUAUUAUACAUUUGUCAGUACAUCAUCCCUCUGUGCGUAAUAACGUUCGCAUACGCACACAUGUCCUUGAAGCUGUGGGGCGCACGAGCGCCAGGAAACGCGCUGGAAAUACGGGACGCGAACCACAUGAAAAAUAAAAAAAAGGUUAUAAAAAUGCUGGUGUUGGUCGUGGCGCUGUUUGCGCUCUGUUGGCUUCCUUUGCAGAGCUAUUUAUUGCUUCAAUCGUUUUUUCCUUCAAUAAACGAAUACAGAUACAUAAACGUAAUAUUCUUCUGUUUUGACUGGCUGGCGAUGAGCAAUUCGUGCUAUAACCCCUUUAUCUACGCUAUUUACAAUGAAAAGUUCAAAAAGGAGUUUAAGCAGCGAUUCACAUUUGGAAAAAAACCGAUGCGAUUUGACAGUUACGAGGAUGGACAGUCGUAUCGCACGCGUGUUUUAUCGUUCCGUUCGACGAAUGAUCGCAGCGUUUACUCGGCGAGAAAAUCGGCCAGCCUAGCGCCCGUCGACGGCACGCGUACCUCCCGCUCUUCCUGCCACUGUAUCCGAAAUCUGGACUCGCAAAGAGAAAAUGGUUUCCGGUCAAUGAAGGACCUUGAUGCUCACAAUCUAAAUCAAACGUUCAACAGCACUAAAAGGCGGCUCGAGACGAAAAUAUCCAGAGACGACUUACCCGUAGGCGACGAGAGAGUCAGCGAGUUGUACAUUUUUCCCAACAGUAACAUUGUCGAAUUCACAGACAUAUCCUAUGACGAUAAAGUGUAAAUGAACGUUCCAUAUAAUAAAUGUGAUUUCUGUCAUAAAAUAAGCAUAGUACCUAUAGUAGAUAAGAAAAUGUGAUUUGUUACACUAAUUGUAACCGACACCAAGUGUCACAACGUAGAAAGCUACGAUAAUCUAAUCAAUAAUGUAAAUUGUGUACAUAACAGUAAACAUGAACUUAAACUAUUCGUUAUUGUAACUGUUAGUAAGUAUUAUUUCUAAAUUAAGCUUAACAUUUAAAAGAUCGUUUGCAAAAGACUGUACAAUUCCAGAUUAUUGUAAACUGUGUAGAAAAUAAGAAUCUAGGUUAAUCCAUGUUUUCUGAUAAAGUCAAUCUAGGCGUAAAGAACACAAGAAUAGAAUGCUGUGAAUUAUUCCGCCAUAAAUCCAACGUAACGAUGUGGAUAACCAUUAAUUCAUUCGCGCUGCAAUAGCCUCCUAAGGUCCACCCAUACAAAUAAAAAAUUUGCCACUAAUAUUUGAACCUACAAUGUAGGCAAUAGUGUUGAUUUUGCGUUGUUUAAAAACUGAACGAAACAAACCAAAAGCAACUCUGCUCCAAUCGAAUAUGGUUUAAAUUCCAUUGAACUGAAUAAGUACUAUAUAGUAACAGCACCAGUCAUGGGACAUUUAAGAGGGAAUUUGGAGUAUUUGUGAUAUUUCCCUAAUACAUGUGAAUGGUCUACCGCUUAGCGUAUUGAAAGAUGAAAGUCCUACCCGUCUUUCAUAUUUCAGGCGUGUUGUAUCAAAGAUACUGCAAUGAGUUUCCACAUACUUAACAAAUUAAAACUAUGCUAUUUUUCUCCAGUCAUGGACACCAAAGCUCCAGUAAUGGGCCCCCCAGUAAUGGACACUGCUCUAUCAGUAUAAAAUAUUGAAAUAGGUCGUCAGAUCUGGUCCAUGUUAUCAUAAUAUUGCAUUAUCAUCCGAUUUGCAUAUUUAAUUACGAAUACAAAAUUUCAACUCAAUCGGAAAACGGGAAAGUGGCUCAAACUCGGCUACCAAGAUUUGACCCACACUAAAAAACGAUAUUAAUUUAUCCGAAGUCCGAGCAUACCUCCUGAUUGACAUAUUUCGUAACUACAUUUAACUUUUGUAUUGUUUAAACAUGAAAUGAUGGCAUGGCAAGCAUCAUUAUGUAAAUUGUCCAUUAUAGGAGGUAUGCAGUUUUACAGCUCCUAUAAUGGGAUUGGGCCAAAUACCACUAUUUUUUUACAUCUGUGGAGUCACAACAUAGUAUGUUGUAUACCUUAUCUCAUGGUAAAUGCAAAUUAACAAAACACAUUCUAGAUUUCAUCAAAUAUUAAUUAAUUAAAAUUUAAUAAAUUAACUCACCUCUCUUAGCGAAGUUGUUAAGAAUUCGUAGUGGUAUUUUUUUUCAGUGACACGACAACUUUUGGGUUGACGCCAAUUUCUUAAAAAACAACCAAAUUUAAUAAAAAUUCAAACUGAAACAGCUCUAGGACUCUUAUUUAUGAUAAUAUACAGGCAGUGUUUAUAAACUACUUUUAGACACUUAUUUUACAGGAUUUGUGGUUUUUUGUCCCAUUACUGGUUCCACGCCCAUCAUAGGGUACACUACUAUAGGUAGGACCUUGGGCCUUAGGAGGAUAGGGUAGGUAUUUCGUCUGAACUGACAUGCUACAAUACUGUCUGUUUCACGUGACUUGAUAUUGUUCAACAUAGUUCAGUUAUACACCGCCUAGUCUUUGUUGUAGUCAAGUAAACAUUUUCAGACAUCCGAUGCUUAGAGCACAGAUCUAGACCGAAAAUGUUAAUUAAGAUUUACCAAGCUAACCUCCUAUUAGCAUUUCCAUAGAUAAGAAAAGCCUUGUAUCAAAGGCGACGUAAAAUCUCAGCAACAGAAAAUCUGGCAACUUGCCACACCACUUCUAGUAAGUAGCCUGUUAUUCUAUAUUAGAUAUCGCUAUCGAAUUUCGAAACUACGAUACGGUUAGACUCUCGGACAAUAAAACUGUUUUCUUAGAUACAGUUCGGAUACGAUUGCAAAAGUUUGAUAAACGGAAAAAUGACUUGGAUAUGUAAAAAUAGUAGUAACAAUAAACACCGCUAUUACCGGGAAUCAUCCAGAGCACAUUGGCUAUUUCUGUGGUAACUGUAAAUGUUUUGAUGGUUUUAGUUGGAAACGAAUAUUAACCGAGUAUCAUAGAAAUAACUACAACACAAGUUGCAUUAUAGAUAUAAUAUACCUACCUAUGUUACUUAACAUGUUCUUUGUCUCCAUAGAAGAAUGCAUUUAUAUUGUUGUAUGUCUGUCAUUCAAAUAAAUUAAAUAUAUAACAAACACAGAUAUAAUCUAGCAUUCUAGAAAAUACGUAAUAAUGAUGACUCCCGUCUCAUGAUAAAUGUUUAUGGAACUAUUAAUUGUCCUAAUUCUUUAUGUAUUAAUAUAUUUAGACAGUUUCAUUUACCACCACGUCCAUAAGCUUGAUUCGACAUGCAAAUUGACUUCGAGUUGGUCUCAUUUUGUUAUUAUUCUCUACUGCAUAUUGCUUGUACUUAUGUGCGAGAUGCCUGUGACUAUGAGUAAUCCGCAUGAUUUGUUCGAGCCCUGGUAAUAAGUAAUAAGAAAUAAAAAAUCAACAGAUUUUAAAAAAUUCGAAGCUCUAUGAAUCAUAUCACUGACAUUACAUA